GAACGAUAUACGCACCCAGACAGCAGCCAUGGCGAAUCAUUCCGGCUAUGAGGCUCGCCUCGCAUUCGUCCAGACUCUCCUGAGUGAUCAGCUUGGGGUGAAGAUGGGCCUAGCACAAGUGACGCCGCUAGCAUACGAUCCCGAAUGCCCUUACACGUAUAACAAUUUCGUAUACGAAAUCGCCAUACCUCGCGACUGCCAAUUCCAAUCGGAUCCGAGGUCGAACGAAAGCCCUCCGCGGAUUGGCUUCGAACCCAUACCGAAGGGCACGUCAAAACUCAUCAUGCGGCUGACGAAUAGCUCUGCCAUGGGCAUCGACCCAACAUAUCGCGUCGAGAACGAAGUCGCUGCGAUGCAUCUCGCUUCUGCUGCUCUCAGUUCGUUGCAACACGGGCGAAAGGUCGUCCCGUCGGUGUAUGGCUGGGCCAGCGCGGCUGGUGGCGGCAGCAACGGUUCGGAGAGCCAGGGCUGGACUUUACAGGAAGCUUUACCGGGAAUAGAGCUGGAUGCUGCCCUUCCGCAGCUCACAUUGGAGCAGAAGGCCGGCAUCAUGGCGCAGCUUGCUGAAAUUAUCGGUGCGCUCCAGAAGUACAAUCUGCCAUCGACGGUGACAGGAUUUGGGGGAUUGUCGAUCGUGUCGUCAGGCCCGACAACGGCCGAUACCAUCGUAAGCGGGCCGUCGCCGCUCGAGAGUGCUGGGCCGUGGGACAGCUACGAAGCAUUUUUCAGACAGCUCUUGAGCAAGGCUCUGGCAAGCACAGACACGAACCCGCACAUCGAUGGUUGGCGCGGGACAGAGCUCCGCGCAGGACUUGAUAUAUUCUUGCAGGAUGGGAUCGCUGCCCUGUUUCGCAAGCUGCUCUCACGCGACAGUCGAGUCCUCACGCACGCGGAUCUGGCCGGUGGGAACCUUCUCGUCGAUGUCGCAUCCGGACAGAUCACCGGUGUGCUCGACUUUGACACCGCAUGGGUGAGCCACCCAUCGUUUGAGUUUCUUCGCUCAUUCUACGGUCUGGGCGGAACGUUUUACGGAUGGGAACCCAAGCACAGCGACGAGCGGCGCGCGCUCAUGGAGGCCAAACUGCACGGCUUCCCUUCGCCUUUGCCUGCGUCGACGGAGACUGUGGACUGGGACAUGGCGAAGGCUUGGGAAGACGCUUUGGAGAGGUACGACGUCCAGCGUCCACGCACGAUGGCCGGCUUCCAAGGUGUCGCGGAUGUGGAUGCAUUGGUGCAGAUGAUCGCACCCUGGCGCCUCUGCAAUCCGGAGGCUGUAGCUGGACUGUCGAAGGACCAGAUCAGAGAUUUGAAGAACGAAUGCGCGCAGAGUUUGGAAAGGAUGCUGUCCCGCCUGCAGUCCGGCGCAGAAAUGGACUACGACAACUGA